AUGCACGUUUGCUUGAUCAGCGUCGAACGUUCCUUUGCCAUAAUGUUCCCUUUUAAACAUGAACAUCUUGUGACGACCAAGAGAGUUUCUGUCUUGGUGGUAGUGUUUCGGAUUUUUUGGGCUUUGCUAACCGUGUCCACCAGACGCAAUCAUGGCGGAGGUGUCAUUGGCUACUCACGCAUAACAUUUGUUGUUUUUAGCGCUCUGGUAGUGCUUCUUUUGAACAUUCGACUUUGGAUAGAAGCUCGAAGACAUUCUAGGAAUAUUGCGAGCUUUACAGGAAACCCUAAUUCCGCUACCAAUGAAGAGAAUGGCACACAAACACGAAGAAAAUCCCCGCGCGACGGCAAGGCAGCUAAAACAGUUUUGUUAAUCAUUGGUUUGAUGGUUUUAUGCAAUUUACCACUUAUAGCAACAUUCACUGCACGUAAGUUUUACAACGUACGCGGACGAGUAAUGACUUUACUUUGGUUCGCUUCAAACACAGUCGUAUUAAUGCCUGCCACACUAAACCCAAUAACUUAUUUCUGGCGCAAAAAGGACUUCAGGAUUUCUGUAAAGAGAAUGCUCGGUUGGCAGAAUGCUGUUGAAGCGCCACAUUGA